AUGCACUUUGAACAGUCUAAUGCUGAUACCUCACUCUUUACUUACAAAAAAGAUGGUGUAUUUGUUACAACCUUGAUCUACGACGAUGAUGUCAUCAUAGCCGGUAACAAUUACGCCAAAAUACAAGCCACAAAACUUGAACUUCAUCAACGUUUCGAUAUCAAAGAUCUAGGUCCUCUAAAAUAUUUUUUGGGCAUCGAGGUGGCAAAAACAACCGAAGGUCUUAUGCUCAGCCAACGAAAAUAUACCCUCGACAUCCUAGGUGAUUAUGGGAUGGAAGGAUGCAAACCCAAUUCCUUUCCCAUGGAGCAAAAUCUCCAAAUUGAUCAAAGUACAGAAAGUCAGCAAGUAGAAGCAGGUCAAUAUCGUCGGUUGAUUGGACGCCUCCUCUAUCUUUAUGCAACACGACCUAACAUUGCAUAUGUUGUUAAUAUGCUUUGUCAGUUUGUGGUCGACCCAUGA